GCAGUCUUCAAGGCAGAAGUGCACCUUGGCGCAUGCUGGAGUAAAGUUAGUGUGUGCCGGGCCUCGCCCGCAGCCUGGGUUGUGGGCUUUGGUUCUCCACUCUCCAUAAGUCAUCCUGCUGAAGGAGAAGACCCGUUGAUGUGGCUGUUCUCAGGGUAUUGCUUGUUGGGGUUUGUGUUGAGGGCAUUUUAAAGAUGAACGGAAACGAGAUGGAAGGCGCGUCACUGCAGAGGAGAGUUCCUGCAUGGAUGUCUGUGCAGGAGAAAAGAUGCACUGCAGAGGAGCAGAAGGCCCGCGUUCAGAAGAGUGUUCUUGAAGAUGAUCUUCCAUUCUUAGAAUUUACUGGAUCCAUUGUGUACAGUUAUGAAGCUAGUGAUUGCUCUUUCUUAUCUGAAGAUAUUAGCAUGCGUCUGUCUGACGGAGAUGUGGUUGGAUUUGACAUGGAAUGGCCGCCCAUAUACAAACAAGGGAAGCAAAGCCGAGUUGCUGUGAUCCAGCUGUGUGUGUCUGAGAGCAAAUGUUACCUGUUUCACAUUUCUUCUAUGUCAGUUUUCCCCCAGGGAUUAAAAAUGUUGCUAGAAAAUAAAUCAAUUAAGAAGGCAGGCGUUGGAAUUGAAGGAGACCAGUGGAAACUUCUGCGUGAUUUUGACAUCAAGUUGGAGAGUUUUGUGGAACUGACAGAUAUUGCCAAUGAAAAGCUGAAGUGUGUGGAGACUUGGAGCCUCAAUGGCAUGGUUAAACACAUGUUAGGAAAACAGCUUCUGAAGGACAAGUCCAUCCGCUGUAGUGACUGGAGCAAUUUCCCCCUCACCGACGACCAGAAACUGUAUGCAGCCACUGAUGCUUAUGCUGGUCUUAUCAUCUAUCAAAAAUUAGAAAAUUUGGGUGAUACUGUGCAAGUGUUUGCUCUAAACAAAGCAGAGGAAAGCCUGCCUAAUGAGAUGAAGAGAAAGCUGAACUCAAUCUCUGAAGAAAUGAAAGACCUGGCCACGCAUUUUCCUGUCAAUUGCAGAAACUUGGAGACUCUACAGAGGGUUCCUGUAAUAUUGAAGAAUAUUUCAGAAAACGUGUGUUCCUUGAGAAAGGUGCUAUUUGACUCUGCAAACUCCAACACUAAACUGAAGCAGGUCGGUAGUUCUAACCUGAUGUCAUCAGAGGAUUUGGCUGCUGUGGGAGAACAAGAGAAACAAACUGGAGACUGUGGGACUUUUCAUAAAAUUAAAGAAGAGCCGUGGGAUCCAGAGCUUGACAGUCUAGUGAAACACAAUGAAGUUGAUAUGUUUAGAAACAAAGUGAAGCAAGAAGAAGGUGGCUUUGAAGAUGAAGCAGAAGACAAGCUCCCAGAAGGUGAUAUGGAAAGAACUUGUUUGAUGGCAGAUACUUCAGAAUAUGAACUUCAAAUUUUGAAACAGCAGACUGAAGGAACAAAAUGUAAUGAUGUUUCUCACCAACCUUCUGAGCACUUCUCCCCCACUGAUGAUGAAAAGGAUUCCUCUUACGUAAUCGAGAGUGAUGAAGAUUUGGAAAUGGAGAUGCUUAAGUCUUUAGAAAACCUGAAUAGUGACAUGGUGGAGCCAACUCAUUCUAGAUGGUUGGACAUGGAAAGCCAUCGGAGUCUUCCUCCCGAGGGGGAAGAUGGAGACAGGAGUGAAGCCAUUGAGGAGCAGUGGCAAGAGGAGGACCGCUUAUUGCCGGAACCCAAUGCAAAGCAAAUUAAUUGUCUCAAGACCUACUUCGGCCAUUCCAGUUUUAAACCGGUUCAGUGGAAAGUCAUUCAUUCUGUAUUAGAAGAAAGAAGAGAUAAUGUUGUUGUCAUGGCAACUGGUUAUGGGAAGAGUUUGUGCUUCCAGUACCCACCUGUUUAUGCAGGCAAGAUUGGCAUUGUUAUUUCACCUCUUAUUUCUUUAAUGGAAGACCAAGUUCUCCAGCUUGAACUGUCCAACAUUCCAGCCUGUUUACUUGGAUCAGCACAAUCAAAAAAUGUUCUAAGAGAUAUUAAAUUAGGCAAAUACAGGAUCAUAUACAUGACUCCAGAAUUCUGUUCUGGUAACUUGGACCUACUCCAGCAACUUGACUCUAAUAUUGGGAUCACACUUAUUGCUGUGGAUGAGGCUCACUGUAUUUCUGAGUGGGGCCAUGACUUUAGAAGUUCAUUCAGGACUCUGGGCUCUCUUAAGACAGCGCUCCCACUGGCUCCAGUCAUUGCGCUCUCUGCUACUGCGAGUUCUUCGAUCCGGGAAGACAUCAUACAUUGCUUAAACUUGAAAAACCCUCAGAUCACCUGUACUGGAUUUGAUCGACCAAACCUGUACUUAGAAGUUGGACGGAAAACAGGGAAUAUCCUUCAGGAUCUAAAGCCAUUUCUUGUCCAAAAGUCAAGUUCUGCCUGGGAAUUUGAAGGUCCUACUAUCAUCUAUUGUCCUUCCAGAAAAAUGACAGAACAAGUAACUGCUGAACUUAGGAAGCUGAACCUAGCCUGCAGAGCUUACCAUGCAGGCUUGAACAUUAAUAAAAGGAAGGAUGUUCAUCAUUGGUUCCUUAGAGAUGAGAUUCAGUGUGUUGUAGCUACUAUAGCUUUCGGAAUGGGCAUUAAUAAAGCUGACAUUCGCAGAGUUAUUCAUUAUGGCGCCCCUAAGGAAAUGGAAUCAUAUUACCAGGAAAUCGGUAGAGCUGGCCGUGAUGGACUUCCGAGUUCUUGUCAUGUACUCUGGGCUCCAGCAGACUUUAACUUAACUAGGCAUCACUUUCUUGAGAUACACAACGAAAAGUUCCGAUUGUAUAAAUUAAAGAUGAUAGUGAAAAUGGAAAAAUAUCUUCAUUCCAAUCGAUGCAGGCGGCAAAUCAUCUUGUCCCACUUUGAGGACAAACAACUGCAGAAGGCCUCCUUGGACGUUAUGGGGACCGAGAAGUGCUGUGACAACUGCAGGUCCAGAUUGAGUCAUUGCUAUUCCACUAACGACUCAGAUGACACAUUCCAAGACUUUGGUCCACAAGCAUUCCAGCUACUAUCUGCUGUGGAUAUCUUAGAGGAGAAGUUUGGAAUUGGGAUUCCUAUUUUGUUUCUUCGAGGAUCUAAUUCUCAGCGUCUUGCAGAAAAGUAUCGCCAUCACAAGCUUUUUGGCGCUGGCAAAGACCGAGCAGAGAGCUGGUGGAAGGCCCUUUCUCACCAUCUCAUAGCUGAAGGAUUAUUGGUAGAAGUUCCCAGGCAAAACAAGUUUGUAAAGACUUGCUCCCUCACAAAAAAGGGUAGAAAAUGGCUUUGCGAAGCCAGUAAGCAGUCUCCUCCGAGCCUCAUCCUUCAAGCUAAUGAAGAGAUGUGUCCAAGGAAAGUUCUGCUGCCAAGUUCUAAUCCUGUAUCUUCAGAAAUGAAGCAGCAUUCUUCUGAUCUAAAGCCAAUUGGAUUAACUGCUGAGCAGUCUAAUUUGGAGAGAAUGUAUUCAUACAAAGCAUCUGAGGAAUCUUCUGGGAGUGACAUUCCUAAAACAAGUGUCGGGACGCAAUCACCAGGAAAAUCUUACAGCUCCUCAGAGCCCGUCAUUUCAGCCCAAGAGCUGGACACAAGGACUGUGUUAUAUGCCAAGUUGGUUGAAGCGAGACAGAAACAUGCUAAUAAAAUGGAUGUGCCUCCAGCUAUUCUGGCAACAAACAAGAUUCUACUAGAUAUGGCCAAAAUGAGACCGACUACUGUUGAAAAUGUGAAACAGAUUGAUGGAGUCUCCGAAGGCAAAGCUGCUCUCUUGGCCCCUCUGUUGGAAGUCAUCAAACAUUUCUGUCAAGUGAACAGUGUUCAGACAAACCUCUUUUCGAGUACAAAACCUCAAGAGGACCAGAAAAGUCAGGAAGUGAAAAAUGGAGAAUGCUCACUCUCCCAGUCUGUGGCUGUCACGUACUCUUUAUUCCAGGAGAAUAAAAUGUCCUUGCACAGCAUAGCCGAGAAUAGGCUUCUGCCUCUCACAGCAAUUGGCAUGCACUUAGCCCAGGCAGCGAAAGCUGGCUAUCCCCUGGAUAUGGAGCGAGCUGGCCUGACCCCAGAGGUUCAGAAGAUUAUUACUGAUGUUAUCCGAAACCCUCCCAUCAACUCAGAUAUGUAUAAAGUUAAACUCAUUCGAAUGUUAGUCCCUGAGAACAUUGACACGUACCUUAUCCACAUGGUAAUUGAGAUCCUAGAGAGUGGUGACAGCAGAAGCCAGCCUUCCUGUGACCCCAACAGAAAGAGAUGUUUGCCCGGCUCUGAAGAGAGCGGCGUGAGCUUUAAGAGAACCAAGGAUGUGGUCGCUGAUACCAAGAAAGAAGAGAAAGAAGCCUUGAAUGAUGCCUCUGUCUUCCACAAGAUGUCAUCUGAAAUGUCAAAAAGAAAAUUACCUGAGUGGUUUGCCAAAGGAAAUGUGUCCUCAGCUGAUACUGGCAGCUCAUCAAUGGCCAAGACAAAAAAGAAAGGGCUUUUUAGUUAAGAGACAGCUGCAGAACAACUUGUGUGUCCUGCUGUCCUUAUUCCUGUAAAGAAUACAAAAACUAUGUUAACUUUAAAAUUUCUUAAGGUUCAAAGUAAAACUCACUUAAAUAUUGAGCAUUGAGUCUUUAAUCACCUGCCCACAGUUGAGGUAAGGCAUCUGAAUCGUCAGAGACCGCGAGUACAAGCUGGAAUCUCAUUGUUGGUUCCCUUCAGAACCCUUGCCUCCGUCUCAUGGUGCAGUCUCUCUUCUCCCCAUAGUAAUGGACGAGGGGAAUGUGGGCCGUGUCUCUGACCUAGAGAGCGGGUUUAGUAGCUGUGUACUGACUGAUAGGAAGCAGUCUUGAGUGCCCAGCUGGUGCCCUGUGAAUGUACGGCAGCAGGCUUGUUUUACAGAUUGUCUUUCCUUUCUGUGUGCACUGCCAGACGAUGCCAGUGCACCACACAUUGCCUUCUGUUUAAGUGGGGUGGGGAGUGUUGGAAGGGUUCCAGUUACAAAGGCAACUAAAUGCUAUGCAUUUUCCACACAAUGUGUAUUAUUUUUCAAGUAAAGCAAUGUCCUCCAUACUGAAUAUUAAAUAUAUUUAAUUUUCAUUUAUUUAUUUACGAUGAGUACCUUCAAUGUUUGAAGAUGCCAAAAAUGAAUAUAUGUCUUAUGUUUCACAAAGAACUUAAAAAUUUAAAAUUCAGCUCUGUUCUGGGUAAACUUUUAUUAUUUAACUUUAGGCAGUUUACCAUAUACCUUAUUUUUUUGAACCUUCGAUUAAUUUUUUUGUAAAUAGAAAUGGACUGUUAUUAAUACAGAAGAAAUACAUACUUGAAUGCAGAGUAGCUGGGGGAAAAGCCACCCAAGGGUCCACUGGGAGAUAAUCAAAGCCACUUUUUGUAACCUGCCAGAAUUUUAUAUAUGUAUUUUUUUAACUUGUUACACCUAUAAUAUGUGGAUGAAUUUUAUCAUAAACAUUCAGAUUAUACUUAAACAUAAAAUCUCCAUGUUCUCAUUUUUCUGCUUCCUGUUACAGACAGUAGGUCCCAUGAAGUUUGCCAUGGACAUUUUCUAGUUACUUCUAUAUUUCUGUACCUUAAUGUGUGUUUCUACAACGUACGAGUUGGUGUUCUCUCUGACCUCAAGCUUCAUGCUGGAUAUAGUGUUCAUCUGUAGGAAAACACCUACUUAAUUAUUUGAAUUAUGAGUUGAAUUGGAUAGUUUUUUUAAUGGAACUGCAAAAUAAAAUUUGCUGGCAAAAAUUUUAGACCUGGUGCAGAUUUUUCCUCAAUACCGAAUGAAGUUAGCCUAUUGCUUUAAAGAAAAUUACUUACUAGCAUUUAUUCUCAGUGAUAAAACUGAAAUUUCUAGUAGAACUUAUAAUCUUGGUGAACUCAGGUCCUUCCCUGGGAACCUGGGCAGCUUUCCUUGACCUGAAGACUUUUCUAAUGAGAUGGAUAAAAUAAACAUUUGAUUUUUUUGAUGCUAUCUAAAGUUUUUUUCUAUGUCUGGAACAUCUAAGUAAUCCAAGAAAUCAGUGUUUUAUGUAUGGAUGACUGAGACAUGCUGUAAUAUAGAGAUACAUUGCUUAACAGACCUGAUGGAGGCAGAAAAGGGACCAGCAAAUCUCAAUGUAACCAAGAAUGAAAAGAUGGCUGUAGUUUCCUAUAACACAGCAUGAAUAAUCAUUAAGAAACAUCUACAGUUUUGGUAUAGCUUCAAAGAAGAUUCUCUACUGUUAUUUGAAUAAAAUAUCCUGUCUUUUCCAACUGCAUACUUGUAUGAACUCGGGUUUUCCUCACAUACCUCAGGCAAAGUAGCGUGUCCAGAUAGACCAAAUGCAGAAGGCCGGGACCCCAGCCUCUUCUCCUAAGCUCAUCUACACAAUGAGAUGAAACAGUGCCAUCCUUGUCAAGCUUUGGUGAAAAUACCCCUUUAGAACAAACAGUGUUUAUGUUAAAAUGUAAUUGGUUUACUGUUUUUAAAUGAAUCAAUAAAUCUUUGGAAAAAAGUCUCA